GUAAAAUGUAAAUGUGCCAUAGAUGUUCAGAGGAGAGUCACCACACCCUAUGCUUUAGUAGCAAAGAAGAGCAAGAAAGGACAGAGCUUCCACUACAGUCUUCUCAGACUGAACAGCUCAAACCGACUGGAGCCCUGCAUUGAGUUUAAAAUCCCUUACCAAAUGAGGGAGAUGGUGUCUAUCCUCCAGGGCCCCACAGUGUUGUGGAGUCAUGCUGGUAAUGCCUUCUAUACAUCUCUGAAGGCAGGAGAGGUGAGAAAGAUACCCAUUCAGCUGUCCCACUGUGUUACUGGAGAGCUUCCUCUCGACAAAAAACAGGUAUUUGUGCUUGGACUGCAAAAAUUGUCAGAACAGUGCUCAGACAGCCAGUCGACAAGCCGAACCCUGGGCUGUUUUGUUGAGAAUGGACAAGUGUUUGAUGGCACUAUGAUUUUACCACAACCUUACAUUUGCAUCACACAGUGUAUCUUGGUGAUCUCAGCUGACAAAGCUGAUGAAGCACUGAAAUCUGCUGUGGUAGCAGUAACUUCUAAUCAGCAGCUAGUUUAUUUUGAGAAUGGCACUGUAAAAGACAUAUGUCAGCUCCCCUUCGAGCAACCGGAAGAUAUUCAGAUGGUCAACACUGGAAGGAAUGGCUCCCUGUUUGUCAUAUCCUUUCACCAGGGCCAUGUUUGCGCUGUAUGGAAGGAAACAUUUCAGAUAGCAUCCCACUGGUCAGAUAUCAGCUCCGUCCAUGUAGAUGACUUCCUGGGAUGUGGAACAGACCAGAUGCUCUUGGUUUUCAAGGAUCAAGGUGCAACAGGACCACUACUAGAUAAUUUCAUCCUCACUGACCUUUGUGGCAUUUCAUACUCUCGUGGCCAGGACAGUGGAGCACCGAAGAACUCUCCUUUACCAGACAACUAUCAUAUGACUCUUCAAGCUUUAGAGUCCCGACUACAGAGUGGAUUGACUGUGCUUCAGGAGCUUCAAAGAGAAGUGAGAGUGAAGGAAAGAGUUCUACAGCAGUCAGUUCAAGCCCUUAUUGAUGUGGUUUCAGAAAGACAACCCAUUCUCACACCUCCUGAGCAGGAAGACCUUAUUACUCUGUGGGACGACGACGAUGAUGAUGAUGAUGAUGAUGAUGAUGAUGAGUCAAAGAAUGAUGACAAGAUGCAAAACAUGCCUGCCGCAUCUUCAAAACCUCAAGUUGACAAGCUGUGGCAUCGUGUCACUGAGGAUCGAAUGGUUGUGGGAGUGAUACUAACUGCUGAGAGCUCUGUACCAGUGGCCAGUGUGAGCUUAUCCAUCCUGACAGAGACGGGCCAGAGCUCAACGCCCGCAGUCAUCCAGACCCAAAGCCAAGUGUUCUGGCUCCCCACACACUGCCCUUCAUCAUCAUCAUCUUCCUUCUCCUCCUCUGCCUUCAUGUUCUCAGAGCCCCCAGCCAAAAGAAGCAAGCAGCACAACGCCGGCAUAGCCAAAGAUCUCAACACAUGCAGACUGGUUGUGACUGCUGUGACCAGGCUGACACCUCUGUUGAACUCUGGCUUUGUCAAGUGCUGUGUCAUGCUCCAUUACAUCCAGAAAAAAGAUGCUUUUUCCCUCAUGAGCAACCCAACACCGGUAGUUCUGCACUGUGGUGAAGUUACCAUAGAUAUCCAGAGCGAUUUCCAAACCCAGUUGUUGAAAACCCCCGAACUCAAAACAGAUGAGGUUAAAGAGGACUUGCUGAGUUUGUUGGCAGUGCUGGAUCGCUGGGUCUUCCACAUAGACUCUCCUGAUCACAGCUUAGGUGAUAUAGAUGGCUGGAUUCAGAAAAGAGUGGGUUGUAAGAAGAUAGAAGUGAGCCCUCAGUACUUCCUGUUAAAUUCUUCAGUACCAUCUGCUCUCAUGCUGCUGCACUGGCAUCAGCUAACCCCCUUCCAAGGAGAACUGUCUAUCCACUCCAGUCAGCUAUGGAUGCUCAAGUUCCUGGACUCACUAUUGGCUUACCUCCCUGUGUCCUGCUCCAUCCAGCUUAUCAAAGGUACAAGAGGACAGGGUGAAGCUCAGACAUUUUCUUUGGCAAUGGAGAAAGAGGUGGUGUCACUCAGAGAGUGUGUGUCAUUGCUGCUUUGUGAAAAAGAAGCAGAUGAGAAGAGGGAGUGUCUUGGACUUGAUGAGACCCCUGAGUCGGGUUCUGUGGACAGGCUCCAGAGGUACAGAGAGCUCUGGCAGCAGGACGUGGAGAGGAGCAGGGUGAAGCUGAACCCAGUGGUGGAUGUGGGCAGGUAUCGUGGGCUCACCCAAAGUGUGUCAGAAGUCCAGCUUGAUGGGGAUUUGGCAGCUAUCUUAGAAAUACAGAGAUCUUUGCUCAGUUAAUAAGCUGAUGACAUUAUUAUUGAAAAUCCCUUUAAGUCAGUGUUUCCUCAUCAAGCAAUAGGGGCAAACGUGUAAUAAAUAACAAGACUGUUCAUCAUGUGUACUCUUCACACUUCACUUACCUUCACUUCUGGCUUGGUUAGAUUCUGAGCUGACCUGUGCCUGUCUGAUCUCUCAGACAGCCUCUUGGGGUUUACUAUAUCUGUCUAGUGUCUGUUGCUGUGUAGAGCCUCAGCCUAUUUCCACUGGAUCACCUCCUGGGUUUUACAGCCUUAAUCUGAUAGUGGAUGUGAUGCUGCUCUUUGCUCAGCCUGUUUUUCUGUUCAUGUCCCUUUAGACCCUGUUUCUCUGUUCAAAAAUGCUCUUUUAUAACUGUUGCUGCUGCUGCUGUGUGCAGUUCAGUAGGAGGCCACUUUAAUUCUGAGGCGAGAAACUGUUUGUGUUAUAAAUAAAGAACAACUGAUGGUAGAGCAACUGGUUAUGUGUGAUCACGGGCUGUAGUUGACUGUAGCACUGUA